UCCCCGCCCCGGCCCCGCGCACUCCCCAACGGUCAACCCCACCCAGUCUGCAGACCCUUCUGGUCUGCAGCUGUCGCCGCCGCCUGCUCUCCCGGCUGCAGCCGCCGCUGCCCGCGAGGUGUUUCAGUCCUCCUGCUCGGCCGGAUCUCUCUCGGUCUGCGUCCUAGACUGAAACCGCCGCCAUGCCGGUGACGGUGACCCGCACAACCAUUACGACCACCACAUCGCCGGCCGCGGGCCUGGGCUCCCCCACCAUCGUGGGGUCCCCGAGGGCGCUGACCCAGCCCCUGGGCCUUCUGCGUCUGCUGCAGCUGCUGUCUACCUGCAUCGCCUUCUCCCUGGUGGCCAGUGUGGGCGCCUGGACGGGGUCCAUGGGCAACUGGUCCAUGUUCACCUGGUGCUUCUGCUUCUCCGUGACCCUGAUCAUCCUCAUCGUGGAGGUGUUCGGCUUCCAGCAGCGAUUCCCGCUCUCCUGGCGCAACUUCCCCAUCACCUUCGCCUGCUACGCAGCCCUCUUUUGCCUCUCCACUUCCAUCAUCUACCCCACCACCUACGUCCAGUUCCUGCCCCACGGCCGCGUGCGGGACCACGCCAUCGCAGCCACCACCUUCUCCUGCGUGGCCUUCCUGGCUUACGCCCUCGAGGUGACCUGGACCCGCGCCCGCCCGGGCGAGAUCACGGGCUACAUGGCCACCGUGCCGGGGCUGCUGAAGGUGCUGGAGACCUUCGUGGCCUGCAUCAUCUUCGCCUUCAUCAGCGACCCCUACCUGUACCAGUCCCAGGCGGCGCUGGAGUGGUGCGUGGCCGUCUAUGCCAUCUGCUUCAUCCUGGCGGCGGUGGCCAUCUUGCUGAACUUAGGCGACUGCACCAAUGCGCUGCCCAUCUCCUUCCCCACCUUCCUCUCGGUGCUGGCCUUCCUCUCCGUCAUCCUCUACGCCACCGCCCUCGUCAUCUGGCCCCUCUACCAGUUCAACGAGCGCUACGGCGGCCAGCCCCGGAGAGGCAGGGAUGUGUCCUGCAGCAGAUCACACGCCUACUACGUCUGCACCUGGGACCGCAAGCUGACGGUCGCCAUCUUGACCGGCAUCAACCUGCUGGCCUACUUGGUCGACCUGGCCUACUCCAGCCGCCUGGUCUUCGUCAAGGUCUGAAAGACCGACAGGAUGCGCUCCCGUUUCCCCUCACUCCAGUUUCCGGGUUUCCUUGACGUCCUUAUUAGGCCUUCUUCCUUUUCCUGGCUCUCACUUCCGGUCCCCCCUCUCUCCUAACCCCCACUUCCUGUUUCGGCUGACCACGCCCACUUCCGGUCUCCCUUUUCUCCUAGCCCCCUCCACUUCCUGCCUCCCUUUUUUCUUAGUCCCCUCCACUUCCUGUUUCCCCUCUGUUUUUCACUCUCCUUUCCUCCUCCUUGCUAUUCCUUUUCCUCGUCUUCUUUUGUUGGCCACAUUCUGGAUUUUUGUUUUUGUUUUGUUUUUUACCUGGGCAUCUUGGGAGGCAGCAACUAGAUUUGGGCGGUGAUUGCCCAAGGCCCCAAAUAUUUAUUGUUCAGUGCCCUGUGUUGUUUGCUUCUUCAACUCGCCACGUUCUUGUUUUUAUCUCCUCUGCCUUUUCAGGUUUGUUUGCCCACCUCUUCCCAUGUCUGUUUAUCCUAGUUCCUCUUUACAUUUUCUGCCUUCCUGUUUCUUCUUCCCAGGUUUCCUCUUCCUGCUUCCUCCUAACUUCCUGUUUCCUCGCCCCAACCUUGCCCGUAUUCCCGUUUCCUCUUCUCACCUCUUCCUCCUUGGGAGCCCUGAGAUUUGUUUCCCCUCCCCCACCUCCAAAGGUGCUGAGGUCCUCACCCAUCCUACCAACCCUUCAUUGCAGCUGUUUAUACCUGGGCCCCCAGGGGGCCUCCUUGCCAAAGCAUGCCCGCUUGCCUUAGCUGUGCCUUAGUGUGUGUGUGUGUGUGUGUGUGUGUGUGUGUGUAGGAGAAGGGGUACAGAUCUAGGGAUAGUCGCCCUCCCUUUAAGAUAAGAAAGAUACUCGAGGUCAGCAAUUUACAGGGAAGCUCUCAGCAUGGUCCCUGAUAGAAUUUGUAUCAGGCUUGCUAAAAAAAGCAACCACAAAAAAAGUCACAAAACACUGCCUGGAGAUCCUUUUCAAGGGAUCCUGUGAUCUGCAGGGUUGGGUCUGAGGGCGGAGUUAGAUGAAGAGCCACGAUGUGACUUUGAAGUCAGUUAUUUGACUGUUCCUUGGGG